CACUGUGAGCAAAAGGGACUGCGCUCAAAGUCCGUAAGGGGUGGGCGGAGGGGUUAGGAGGUGUGCGCGGUUGACUUCCGCCGGCGAAAGGGAACUGCGCGCUUGAGGUGACAAGGGACUGAGGUACGGCUCCCCUGGGCGACACUCACCGCGAUUCACCGUGCUACUGAUUGCCGGCCCGGCGGGGCCUCUGGGUGCGUCUCCGAGGGCUGGAGGCAGCGGCGCAGCGGGUUGCGUCACAGCCUGGUGGCGCGUCAGGGUCAUACUUCAGCAUUUCAGAUCUGCUUGGUAAACCUGGUGUGCCACCAUGCUAGCGGCAAGACUCGUGUGUCUCCGGACUCUACCCUCCAGAGUUUUCCAUCCAACUUUCACCAAGGCCUCCCCUGUUGUGAAGAAUUCCAUCACAAAGAAUCAAUGGCUUUUAACACCCAGCAGGGAAUAUGCUACCAAGACAAGAAUUGGGAUCCGCCGUGGGAAAACUGGCCAAGAACUCAAGGAGGCAGCUUUGGAACCAUCAGUGGAAAAAAUAUUUAAAAUUGAUCAGAUGGGAAGAUGGUUUAUUGCUGGAGGGGCUGCUGUUGGUCUUGGAGCGCUGUGCUACUAUGGCUUGGGAAUGUCUAAUGAGAUUGGAGCUAUUGAAAAGGCCAUAAUUUGGCCUCAGUAUGUGAAAGAUAGAAUUCAUUCAACUUAUAUGUACUUAGCAGGAAGUAUUGGUUUAACAGCUAUGUCUGCUCUGGCAGUGAGCAGAACUCCUGCUCUCAUGAACUUCAUGAUGAAAGGCUCUUGGGUGACAAUUGGUGCAACCUUUGCAGCCAUGAUUGGAGCUGGAAUGCUGGUACAAUCAAUAUCAUAUGACCGGAGCCCAGGCCCAAAGCAUCUUGCUUGGUUACUACAUUCUGGUGUGAUGGGUGCGGUGGUGGCUCCUUUGACGAUAUUAGGGGGGCCUCUUCUCAUCAGGGCUGCAUGGUACACAGCUGGCAUCGUAGGAGGCCUCUCCACUGUGGCCAUGUGUGCGCCCAGUGAGAAGUUUCUGAACAUGGGAGCACCCCUGGGCGUGGGCCUGGGUCUCGUCUUUGUAUCCUCACUGGGAUCUAUGUUUCUUCCACCUACCACUGUGGCUGGUGCCACUCUAUACUCAGUGGCAAUUUACGGUGGAUUAGUUCUUUUCAGCAUGUUUCUUCUGUAUGAUACACAGAAAGUAAUCAAACGUGCAGAAGUAGUACCAAUGUAUGGAGUUCAAAAAUAUGAUCCCAUCAAUUCGAUGCUGGGAAUCUACAUGGAUACAUUAAACAUAUUUAUGCGAGUUGCCAGUAUUCUAGCAACUGGAGGCAACAGAAAGAAGUGAAGUGACUCAGCUUCUGACUUCCUUAAUACAUCAGAUAUCUGUCUUGUUAAAUAGGAGCAGAUAUUCAUUAAAUAGUUUGUGCAAGCAGAUUUCAUUGAAGUUUAGAAGAUAAGAACUUUGUCACCAUGCUUCAAAUGUUUCAAUAAUGUGAUGCUUCAGGUCUGCUUUUUCUUCUGGAGAAUAAAUUCAGUAGUUGUCUUCCAAAUAGCACACAUAUUUUCAGUUCUCAUGUGUGAGUAAUUCUAAAAUGCUUUAAUGAAUGUGAUAACUAAGGUUUAUGUUGCAGGAAUUUCAGUAUUUUAUCUAUUUUUAAAUUUACUUGGUUAAGUGAAAUCAUGUACCUGCAUUUUUUUUUUUUUUUUGAAUGUGGAAGAUUAACAAGUAAUAUCAUAAGUAACAGAGGGGGUUGAUAAAGGGACCAAAGAGAAGUAAAGGGUCACCUGCAGUUUUUCUUUGAAUACUUAGAACGUAGUACUUGUGUAACUGGUGAGCCAUUGAGGGGGUUUAGAUGUUUGGAAACAAGUCACCACAGUACAUCUGCUCAACUUUGCAGAAGCAUUGAGCAGAAAACAAAGACAGGUGGUUCUUUCUCCUGCUCUCCCUUCUCAGGGUUCUCCUUACAGUAUAGAUGUGAUCAUGUCUGGCUUCUCCUUGUUUGACAUUGUUAGGAGAGUCCAGGAUGUUAACCAUAUCAAGAGUUUCUGUUGUAGAAUAUAUAUCACAUGUGUGUGUGAGUCUUACUUUUGAAUUGUCAAAAUAUAUAGGAUAAAAUAAUCAGCAUGAAAAUUGUUGCACUUUUAAGUAUACAAACAAUAUGCAUAAUUGCUGAAUAUUUUUGCAUAUUGAAAUGUUUAAAGGAGUACAUGCUUCCCUUUCUUAUCUCUUCAGGCUUUAAAGUGCUAAUCAGGAAAGCCUAUUUGAGGUUUUUCCCCUCAGAUUUGGUGUUUUGGAUUCCCUCUCAGAAGAAUCACUUAAAAAAGGAAAGCAAAGCAAGGCUUUUUUAAUGAAUAUGUAUCAAUCAAAAAUGUAACAGAGAAAAUGGCAUUCUUAGAGUUUCCCCUAGCAGAGCUUUCCUUCUCUAUCCAUAGACCAUUAUUUUGCCAUUUGUAAGUUUUUGAUACAGAAGAGUUAUUUUUGGAAGUCCUUAUAAAUGAAAUAAGUGUAUGGUUUCAAGAUGGUUGAUGUUUUUGAUAUUUAUUGAAGCAAUCCAGAAAUAACUAUUCUAACCAUCUCAAGUUACAGAGGAAGCUUAUUUCUGAAAUAAUAAAGAUUCCAGCCAGAUGGUGA